GUAGUUAGUUCAUUUUUAAUGACGAUCAAUUAUUUUGUACUGUAUUCUUGGUCUGUAACAGCAUCAUGUGAAGUUUAUUAUUUCUCAUCUCAAAUUCAAUAACAGAGGCUUCAUUUAUCACCGUGAAAGUAUAUCAUGGGGGAAUUAUGAGACGUACACCAGACAAGCAUUAUGUUGGAGGAAACAUUGAUUAUGUAAAUGCCACAAAUUUUAAUCUUGCCGAGUUCAAGAAGAUGGCAGAGAUUUGUGGUUACACAAAUGAUUCGGUAACUUUUUGGCAAAGGUGUGGAAGUAGAAAAAGACCCAAGAAGGAGAGAAAUUCAAUCACGUCACAUUUUAGCAGUGUUAGUAUAUAAGGGUUUGGCAAAUUGCUAGUGGAUUAUCGAACUCUGUUCAGAGAAAAGAAACAGUUAUAAAAUUAAGGAUUUUGAUUGGGGGAAUUAUAAAUUAAUUCAUAUGGAUUUCUGGCCAGAGUUUCUAGCAAGUAGUUGGGGAAAAGAAUUUGUUGCUGGUGGAUUCGGAGGAAUAGCAGGUAUUGUAUCGGGUUAUCCUCUUGAUACCAUUAGAGUCCGUCAACAAAGUUGUACGCCUGCUUCUGCUAUCAACAUCCUCCGCCAUGUUGCCGCCACUGAAGGUCCUAUCGCUCUCUACAGAGGCAUGGCUGCUCCUCUUGCUUCCGUCACCUUUCAGAAUGCCAUGGCAUUUCAGAUUUAUGCAGUGCUAUCGCGGUCAUUUGACAGGAAUGUUCCAGCCAGUGAUCCACCCUCCUACAAAGGAGUGGCCUUAGGUGGAUUUGGAACAGGAGCAUUACAAAGUCUAAUGCUCACCCCUGUCGAACUUGUGAAAAUUCGACUCCAGUUGCAACAGAGAAAUAUCCUGGAUAACAAAAAUCAAAUAACUAGUUGUAAGGGUCCAACUGAUGUGGCAAGAAGCAUAUUCAGACAAGAAGGAUGGAGGGGAAUUUAUCGCGGAUUAACAAUUACAGUCCUCAGAGAUGCACCAGCUCACGGCCUAUAUUUCUGGACAUACGAGUAUGUUAGAGAGAAACUUCAUCCAGGAUGUCGUAAGAAUGGUCAAGAGAGCUUUAGAACAAUGCUUGUAGCAGGUGGUCUUGCAGGAGUAGCUAGCUGGAUAUGCUGCUAUCCUCUAGAUGUUAUUAAAACUCGAUUCCAAGCUCAAUCACAAUCUACACCGUUGAGAUAUACUGGCAUUGUUGAUUGCUUCAUGCGAAGUGUGAAACAAGAGGGAUACAAUGUGCUCUGGCGAGGUUUGGGAACUGCAGUUGCCAGAGCAUUUGUAGUGAAUGGAGCUAUAUUCACUGCCUACGAAACUGCCUUAAGGUGCCUUUUCAUCAACAACAAUAAUCACGCGAAUAUUAAAACUGAAAAUGCAUUCUAAUACAGAAGUAAUGAAGUAGUCAUUGAGGUGUGUAACCUCUUCUUUUUUUAUUCACUGUAGCAAUUGUAUGGCUUAUACUUCAUAGCCAAAUGGGAAUUGAAAUUGCAAAUGAAUUUGGUUAUUUGUGGCUUCUAAAUCACAAAAAGCCUCAGCAUUUAAUUGAUAACUACAUAGAGCUCAUUAAUAAAUAUGCCUCAAGAUGAAAUGUACUAUUAGUCUUCUCUUAUCAACUGCAGUUCCUGUGGACAUGGUUUAACAUCUAAGAUUAUAAUAUUUUGGUAA